AGAAAAGUUUUCGAAUCUGCGCAUCUACCAAAAAACUACAAAAGCAAAGACCUUACCCAAACAAGUCUCCGGAGAGUUGGAAACCAAGACAAAAAUGAAAAACAAAUCAAAUAACCGCAAGAAUACUAGGGAAACGGUAAACCAAACCAUUCAAAGAGAAAUCAUUUGUACGAGCUGGGUAUAUGUCAAUGUAUCGGACAUGUUUUGUAAAAAAACCAAACAAAGCAUCCGAGCAGUAUAUUUUGUACUGCACAAAACGCCCAACCCCUCUCCUCACUUCACUCUUCUUCUUCUCCAACUCCAUUUCGGAGAAAUGGCCAUGACCAAUCUGGUAUCCACAACUCCAAAAGCCCUCACUUUCUCUCUCAUCAGUUUCAAACACCCAUCUCUUCUCUCUUUCUCCACACCCACAACCCGAACCAGAAAAUCCAGAGCCCUAACCGUCCAAUCCAGAGGCAGCGACGACUCAGAAAAAACAGACGCCACCGACCGCCUUAUCUCCGCCCUCACCUACUCCUACCCAUUCUUCGACGGCUUCCAUUUCGGCAAAUACGUCAUCACCCAAUACACCCCAAUCCAAACCCUAAUCCAACCCUUAAUCCCCUCAAUUCGGGCUUUCAACGACGUCCCCAUCAAUUGGUUUCUUGUCUUCAUAACCCUCUCUGUUUUCGUGGUCGGAAACUCUAAUUUCAGCAGGUACGUGAGGUUUAACACGAUGCAGGUUUUAAUCCUUGACGGGCUGUUGAUUAUCCCUGAUUUGGUGGUGAGGGGGUUUAAUCCAAAAGAUGGGAUUGAGUUGUAUUUCGUGAUGAGUCUGAAUAGCACAGUGUUUUUGUACCUUUUGGUGUGUUUGGUUUACGGGUUUGGUUCUUGCUUGUUUGGUCAAGUGCCCAGAUUGCCGAUUGUCGCUGAUGCCACGGAGAUAUUUAUGAUGUUCAUGUGAAGUAUGUUUUCUUCUGUGUAAUUCGUUUUGUUUACGUAGAUAAUGUUCAGUCGAAUUUGUUCAACUUACCUGAAAGGUACCGUAGACUUAGUUUCAAUCAAUGUGUUUUGCUCGCAGAGGUAGCAUAGACUAAACCAAGCAUAGCCUUAAGUCUCAAUCAAUUGGGUCAGCUAUAUUCAUGUCGCAGGGGUAGCAUAUGAUUCCUCUUUCUUUAUUAUCUGAAAAAAAAAUCCAUGUUAUUGCUCC